AUGUCAUCAGUCUCAGGGAACAGAUAAUUUUGUUGACAUUUUGUUUAAAAAUUUUGGAUUAUUUUUAUUUGUAAUUAUUAAGUAAUCAAGAUAUCUUGAAUAAUCAAGACUAGGAUAUAAAGUGCCUUCACGAAAAACAGGAAAUUAAUAUCUCUGAAUAGUUGAAACAGUUGGCUUCCCGAGGACGUCCGAGUUCCAGGAAUCGCAAACACUCCCCCGCACCCCUCCCCCCGAACCGAACGCUCCGUUUUCUCGCCAUUUUUUCAUUAUCAUUUCAAUUAAGCGGGAUCUUAGUGCCGGCAGCUGCCGCAAUAACGACAUAGUCGUCUUCCCUUCACAAAGAUAUUCGUCUCUCAAAUUGACGCCAAUUUAAAGGCACUUAUUGAGAUAAGUUGGUCACAUUCAUCAGUUCAGUUUCGCCACCACCGGCCGUAGAAUCGGGCAAAUCUCGUACUCGUACUCGUAGUUCUAGAUGAAGGUUCUCGCCAGUCGCCCGCGCCUGAUCUAGUCAUAGUCGAUUCGCCAAAACGGCCGUGGUCCAAGUGAAAACCACCUGCGGCAGAUAAGUUCGCCGAUUUUCAGCACCCUUGUACCGUGGGUGUCGUCGUCCGUUUGCAGUUCUCACCCCGUUUAGUCCUCCCGUCGUUUUCGUGUUAAAUGGAUAUUGAAUUGGUAUUUCUCAUGAAUAAGAUGAUAACGCUGGACAACUCGUUCUUGCAGAAUCGAAGACAGAGGGAAACCACCGGGAUAAAGAAAUUGUACAACUCCUUCUUCGUCAUCUUUUAAGCCGCUUCAUCCGGUGGAGAAUUCUGAACUUGAUUUUCGUUUUUUUCGUUUUGGUAGAAACCGCGUAGUUUUAUCUCUCCCAGUCGGAGUUUCUCAUCUUCAUUUCACCCUUCACAUUCCAUUCAUCGUUACCGUUCGCGCUUUCGCCCGCUCCACCCUACGCGGUGGAUAUGGAGUACCAACUAUACUACGGCAACGGCGAGCUACUACUUGAGGAGGCGCAAGACUCACCGAACUCGAGGACGUCCUGGGACGUCUCACCCCCGGACAGGAGCAUGGACAACGGGGACAACUGUUUCGAAUGGAAUGACCUUAAGAUAGACGAGGGGGAUGUUGAAGACGAUGGAGGUAGUCAGCGGAAGAGGAAGUUGGAUCGUGGGGAUCAGCAGGAGGAGGGCGGGAAGGCUAGAAGGGGCAAUUUUUCGGGUUUGAACAGGGAUCCGUUGGCCAUAGACGUGAGGAGGACGGGCAAGAAGAUGGCUGAGGCGCAAACAGGUCUACUGAAAAUUCCUGUACAGUGGCAUGAUGAUAUUAGCGAUCUCAAUACAGACAUUAUCGACUCUUCCUUCACACCGUUGGAGGGCACAUCUUAUACUAUGGGAGAGCAGACCUUGUCCAUUUCCGGAUUGACGGUUUUCAAACAAGAAGCCCCAUCCCCAACACACGGCGUGAACGCCAUUCAACAGUUAUCGAGAAGGAAAAAUCAGAGUCCUACUUCUACUCAGGACGUCGAAAGGGGGAACGCUCUGGACGAGAAUAGCAGCGAUCAGCAGAUAUUGAACAGUACGAUUUCACAGCUGCUGAAUCAGUCGGGCUAUUCGAGUCUUCAUUCUGCUUUUGAUGCAAAUCUAGUGGCCUCGUCCUCCUCCCAAGACCAGUACAACGUAACAUCGUCAAAUUUCAGCGUGUCCGAGGAUUGCCGCUUUCAAUACGUUUUGGCAGCAGCCACUAGUAUCGCAACAAAAAUGAACGAAGACACGCUCACCUACCUGAACCAGGGUCAGAGUUACGAGAUCAAACUGAAGAAGCUGGGCGAUCUCUCGAUGUACAGGGGGAAGAUGUUAAAGUCGGUGAUAAGGAUAUGUUUCCACGAACGUCGUUUGCAGUUCAUGGAGAAGGAACAGAUGGCGCUGUGGCAGAGGGCCAGACCUGGCGAUAGGAUAUUGGACGUCGACGUUCCUCUGUCUUACGGCGCCAUCGAUAUCGUUCAACCGCCGAACGCUCUCAAUUUGAUCCAUUUCACUUGGGAUCCAACGAAGGAAGUUGGCAUUUACAUCAAGGUCAACUGCAUCAGUACGGAGUUCACCCCUAAAAAACACGGGGGCGAAAAAGGCGUACCCUUCCGCAUCCAAGUGGAAACCUACCCGACCUCGGAGGGCAGCGACCUGACCAAAAGGCUUCACGCCGCUGCUUGUCAGAUCAAGGUUUUCAAAUUGAAAGGGGCGGACAGGAAGCACAAACAGGAUAGGGAGAAGAUAAUGAAGAGGCCCCUGUCGGAACAGGAAAAAUAUCAGCCGAGUUACGAAUGCACCGUCCUCAAUGAUAUUCCUAGUGAAGCUGUGUUGUCUUCCUCCCCGGUGGCUCCGCUUUCCCCUGUUGAUAGUGACUCAUGCUCAUCCAGCAAGUUCAGCCCGGUUCCGAGCCAAACGAAUAGUCAAUCCGGUCCUGUAUUUUUCCCCUCGAAACAGCAGCUCCAACAGCCGAUUGUUCAGAUCGUCGCGCCUCUCCAACAGGUGCAGGCCAGUCAAGAGCCCAUCAAACAUGAGAUGCAACCGGCCAACACAGGUCAUGCCAUCACGACUGCCACUUCAAACGAACAGGUCAGGGCAUGGUUGACGCAGAACCGAUUCCAGAAAUUCGCCGAAGUAUUCCAGAACUUCAACGGACACGAUCUGCUUCGUUUGUCGAGAAACGACAUCCUACAGAUUUGCGGAGAGGCUGAUGGUAUAAGGUUCUUCAAUGUCCUUCACGAUAAGGCUGUGACGCCUAGAUCCAAGAUCUACGUCUGCCACGGCAACAGCAAAGUUUUUCAUGCAGUCUUCCUGACAUCUUCAACGCAAGACGCCCUCAAGCACGAGCUGUGCAAAAUUGUGGGCGUUAACCCCGGCCGUGUGACAGAAAUAUACAUGGAGGGGCCAAAUAACAUCCACGUUAUUGUUUGCGAUUCCGUUGUGUAUCACAUGAAAGAGGAAAGUGUCUUUGCUGUUUCCACCUUGAAGGAAAAGGAUCAGUAUGUGCUACUCAUGAAACUGAUAAAGUGAAACCGUUUCGAUGUAUCAGUCGAAAUAGUGGAUUAUCAAAUAAUUGUCGCUUUUGUUAUGUUUGGUGUAUUUUUCUAUCUUUUCCAUUGUUGAUUUUAUCGGUGAUUUUAAACAAUGCACAUUCCCUUGGAUAAGAUAGGACGCAAUUAGUAUUAUUAUUUCAAAUUAGUGUGGACGAAAAGUAACAUACUAAGAAGUAACACUCAUCCUGAUUUAGAAACGCAUCUGGUAUUCAUGCUACUUAGAGUUUCAUUUUCAUAUCAGCCAUAUAAUUGCUAGUUUCCUGGUGAAAUUCUUCUUGGAUCGCCUUGGUAAAAAGUAGUCGGGUUUUUAACUGAAAGUGUAGUGAUAAUAUGCACACAUUUCUUCCUGUUCCUUUUUCAAAAAUUUCUACGCAUCCUCCAAUGUUUUUGGCUUUUUCGAUGUCGUACAAUUCCUUUCAAUUUUUUCUCGACAAAAAUCUGAAUAUGUGGGUAGUUACCAAAAUUGUCAACUCUACAGUCCAAUUUGUUCAAUAGAGUAUUUCUUAUCGUAUAUCUUAACGUAUAAGAUCAAGAAGGAAUAUUAUCAAGAAACUAUUUUACCUCUACAAUCAAUUAUUAUUGUCAAAACUAUCAAUAUUGCCUCUUUUUUGUGUUAGUUGUGAAUAUGUUGAAAACAAUUGCCAAUGAAAUAUAUAACAUGGGAAAACGUUCGUCAACGGAAUAAAAAAUUACACUUAUAUCUUCAUUAUUCAGUAUUUGGAAAUUACUAUUGGAGGAACUGAUUGAAUGAUCUUGGAGACGAAUUUUUUCAUCAAAACUUAGGAUGUACGCACAUAAGUAAUUGUUUAAGGAGCUUGCUAGAUCGAUAUUCUAUAGUUCAACCGCUGUUUUCACGAAAUUUUGAUUGCUUGAUCAAGUAUCUCUGAUUGUACGAAGCUGAUACUACAUCAGCAUGAAAUACUCAAAUAUUUUCCCAUUGGGUGGGUGAAGCAAUCGAAAUCAUAUUUUUAGGCAGCAAUGGACUUCAAUUGGAGUUCAAUUUUUGAUUGAAGAUCAACUAACAUGCACUUGUCAAUCAAAUACUUGAUUGGCCGAUGAAGAUUGGUGAAAUUUUAUUGAAUUGUAUUAUUGAAUCGAGCCCAUAGUGGCCAUAGAAACUUUUAUUCUUUUAUUGAAUAUGUAAGUGCCUGAGAAUUUUGAAAUCAAAUUGAAUGAUGUAUUUUAUUAGAGCAGCGUAAUAAUGAAUUGAAAAAACCUAUAUGGAAAGUUAUAUAUCAAGAUCAAUAUAUUUAUGUAAUUUUUAUCCUCGAUGAAUGUGGGUAUUACUGUAUGCCAAAUACCAUAAUCUAGCUUAAGUUACAACAUAGAUUUAAUAAAAUAUCGUCCAGUUGCAGGAAGGUUCAUUAAAAUUUAAUAAUCCAUCAAAAUGUUGAUCCUCCAUAUUUUUGUUCGAAAAUGACGGUUUAAAUUUUGAUGGAGCAUCAAAUCUUAAUGGACUUUCCUGCUACUGGUCCUAUAUCUCUUAAGUUAGUGAAUCUCCUAGUUUUUGUUUUGUUGUUUUAUUUUCCUACUAAUUCCUUUAUUCAUCAGAAUUUAAUUUGAAGGGUUCAUUGGUUUAUUAUUGAUAGAUUAUUUUCAUGUACCACAAAAUAUAUUAAAACUUAGAUUUAAUUACAUCAAUGUGGAAAAGUGCCUUCAUGUAAGAAAUAAAAGGAUUUUGGGCAGCCUACAUUUCCUCGUUAGCCGUUUUCUAGUUAUCUGUAAAAGCUGCUUCAAAGCCUUACAUGAAUAUUUUGUGCCAUUUACAUGAAAGAAAUAAUUCUUAUAUGCUUCCAA